GAGGGGUGAAAACAGGAACUACAACAGCAGCUCGCCUUUAAACCUCACUUUCUCCCUCUGGCGAGUGAAAUCUUUCAGCCAUUUUUCUUUCCUUUACCGCACUUCAGACUCCUUCCCCUUCUCUCUCUCUCUCUCUCUCUCUGUGUGUGUGUGUGUGUGUGUGUGUGUUUCUGCAAACUGCUCCAUUCCAGCUCCGUGGGUCUCGUGUGGAGUUUCGCGCGGACUAUAAACCGAACCGUGUAACAAGAGUAACUAAACCAGACCAUGGCCUUCCUGGGGACCGCAGUUCGGCGGAUGGUGUUGACCGUGCGUCCCCCUGUCUCUCCUCUGUGCCGGACAAGUGCUCGCUCCUACAGCUCGACGCCCACCCAGGAAAAAAAUGUUCCCUACGAGAAAACGCUCAAACAGGAAGAUGGCGUUUCCUCUGGACCCACGAAACCUUUGCCCAGGUCAGCAGACGCGGUGGUGAUCGGAGGAGGAAGUCUCGGCUGUCAGACCGUCUAUCACCUGGCUAAAAUGGGUAUGACCAACGUGGUGCUGCUGGAGAGAGACAGACUGACCGCUGGCACCACCUGGCACACUGCAGGUUUGCUGUGGCAGCUCCGUCCCAGUGAUGUCGAGGUGGAGCUCCUGGCCCACACCAGGAACGUGAUCAGUAAAGACUUGGAGGAGGAGACCGGUCUCCACACAGGCUGGAUCGAGAACGGAGGACUCUUCAUCGCUUCCAACAAACAGAGACUGGACGAGUACAAGCGCCUCAUGUCGCUGGGUAAAGUCUACGGCAUCGAGUCCCACGUGCUGUCACCUGCGGAGACAAAGGACUUGUAUCCUCUGAUGAACGUCGACGAUCUGUACGGAACGCUGUACGUACCGAAAGACGGCACCAUGGACCCGGCCGGCACCUGCACCACGCUGGCCAGAGCUGCGUCUGCCAGGGGAGCCAUGGUGAUCGAGAACUGCCCUGUGACUGGCAUUAACGUACACACGGACGACCUGGGCGUGAAGAGGGUGAAGGCAGUGGAGACUCCACACGGGACGAUUGAAACGGCGUGCGUGGUGAACUGUGCAGGUGUGUGGGCCACCAAGCUGGGGGAAAUGGCUGGUGUCAAGGUGCCGCUCAUAGCGAUGCAUCAUGCCUAUGUAGUGACCGAGAGGAUUGACGGCAUUCAGAACAUGCCUAAUGUCAGGGACCAUGAUGCAUCAGUGUACCUGCGGCUCCAAGGUGACGCUCUGUCUGUCGGUGGCUAUGAACAAAACCCCAUCUUCUGGGACGAGGUAUCUGAUAAGUUUGCCUUCAGCUUGUUUGACCUGGACUGGGAUGUAUUCACGCAACAUAUUGAGGGAGCGAUCAACAGAGUCCCCAAACUGGAGCAGACUGGCAUCAAGUCUACAGUCUGUGGACCAGAAUCAUUCACAGCAGACCAUAAGCCGCUGAUGGGAGAAGCACCAGAGGUCCGAGGUUUCUUCCUGGGAUGUGGAUUCAACAGUGCCGGUAUGAUGCUGGGAGGAGGCUGUGGUAAAGAGCUGGCUCACUGGAUCAUACACGGCCGCCCUGAAAAGGACAUGUAUGGCUACGACAUCAGGCGUUUCCAUAACUCGCUGACGGACAACGAUCGCUGGAUCAGAGAGAGGAGCCACGAGUCGUAUGCAAAAAACUACUCUGUGGUUUUCCCCUUUGAUGAGCCGCUGGCCAGUCGGAACAUGAGGAAGGACCCCUUCCAUCAGGUGCUGACAGAGCAGGGCUGUGUGUUCCAGGAGAGACAUGGCUGGGAGAGACCAGGCUGGUUCAACAAAGAAGGGCCUGCUCCUGUUAAAGACUAUGAUUACUACGGUGCUUAUGACAUUGAGAGGAACGUGAACUACAAAUACAACGAGCUGCUCGGGAAGGAGUACACCUUUGACUUUCCUCCACAUCAUGACGUGAUUAAGAGCGAGUGCCUCUCAUGUAGACACGGUGUGGCUGUGUUUGACAUGUCCUACUUUGGAAAGUUUUAUCUCACCGGACCAGAUGCCAAGAAGGCGGCCGAUUGGCUGUUCACUGCUGAUGUCAACAAGAAACCAGGCUCUACUGUCUACACCUGCAUGCUGAAUAAAAGAGGAGGAGCAGAAGCUGACCUGACGGUGAGCAGACUCGAACCCGGUGCUUCCAACCUGCCCUUAGCGCCCAAAUCCAAUGGUGACACGUACUACCUGGCGAUUGGUGGUGGCGUAGCAGAGCACAACUGGAACCACAUUAGAACAGUUCUUCAGGACCAAGGCUUCCGGUGUCAGCUGGUUGACCAUUCUGAGGACAUGGGGAUGAUCAGCAUCCAGGGGCCAAAGAGUCGAGAGGUUCUUCAGGAAGUGCUGGACACGGACCUCAGCAACGACAGCUUUCCUUUCUCGACACACAAAGUCGUCAACGCGGCGGGACAUCAGGUGCGAGCGAUGCGUCUGUCGUUUGUUGGAGAGCUCGGCUGGGAGCUGCACAUUCCCAAAGACUCGUGCCUCCCGGUCUACCGUGCUGUAAUGGCUGCUGGCGCCAAGCACGGCAUCAUCAACUCAGGCUACAGGGCCAUCGACUCACUCAGCAUAGAGAAAGGGUACAGACACUGGCACGCCGACCUUCGCCCCGAUGACACACCCUUGGAGGCGGGGCUCGCCUUCACCUGCAAAAUGAAGAGUUCCAUCCCGUUCCAGGGACGCGAAAGGCUGGAGAAGCAGAAGGCGGAGGGCCUGAGGAGACGCAUCGUCUGCUUCACCAUCGAGGAGAAAGUGCCAAUGUUCGGACUGGAGGCCAUUUUCCGGAACGGAGUUCCCGUCGGUCAACUGCGUCGCUCUGACUACGGCUUCUUUAUCGACAAAACUAUCGGUUAUGGAUAUAUCCGUCACCCUGAAGGAGGAGUGGUGAGUCCCGAUUUCAUUAGGAGCGGCGAGUUUACCCUGGAGAGGAUGGGUGUGACGUACAAGGCCAAGGCCCACCUCAAAACUCCGUUCGACCCCGAGAACAAACGAGUGAAGGGCAUCUACACUUGAGGACGACAAAUGUAAAAACUGAAGCAAGCGGACACGGCCGAGAGAGUAACAACUGAUUUUUUUUUUCUUUUCUUUUUUAAUCUUAAAAAGGUCUGAAGUUUUUUUGUCAAGUCGGUUAUAGACGUCGUUCCCAGCAUUUCAAUCUAAAUAUGUCCUAUGGCGAACACGCUCAACUGAGUGUUAUUAUAAUGAUAAAUGGUAAAUUCAAGAAUCCCUAAUGCAGACCAUGUUUACGCUGCGGGUGUGAUCACACCUCGAGCUGCCGUCCGGUGUAACUUUGGCUGUUUACAGACACCAAAUCCUGGGAAAAUGAAAAAGAAGAUUGAAUCAGGAUCAUUUCACAGUUUUGCCUUAUGAAGAAAACGGCAGCGCGGAUAGUUUCAGUGUCAGCGCUGUAUUCUUUCUGGAAUCUGACUUUCAGUGUGUGUGUGGAAGCAGCUUUAGUUUCCUAUACAUAUAUAUAUAUAUAUAUAUAUAUAUAUAUAUAUACAUAUAUAUAUAUAUAUAUAUGUUCGUAAUAAUUUAAUAAGAAAUAAUGGCGUCCCAUCUUAAAUGAAUGAUGUAGUUUCUCAGAAUGGUGACAAAAACUGUGUCAAAUUGCGUGUCUUAAUAAAUAACUUAGCGUCUCUUGGUAAGAUUCAGAUAUUAAUGAUUUUACUUUACACACGAUACAUGAGUGUGUACAUUAAUGCUCCAAAGCCUGGCUUGCCGGACUCUUACAUUAGCAGUGAUUUAAAGCUGGCAAGUGAGUCUCCGUCGCAACACAUUUCUCAUUCUAAUGAUUUUCAGGCUUUUUUUUCUAUGACGUCGGCAGCGAUGGUGUUCCUGUACUCAACACUACACGUGUGUGUGUGUGUGUGUGUGUGUGUGUAAAUAUAUAAAUAAAUUCUCCAUUAGUCCUCACAGCCUUUUGUUUACUGCAGCUGAAGAGAAAACUCGAUUUUAAUUAGAAACAGAUUGUAAUUGCGGUCACACCAUCCGUUCUAAUUUUGUCCCUAAAACACACUAUAGUGCGUCUUAAUUUAACAUUUAACAUAGUGCGGUACUUUUUCAUUUAUUUAUCCAAAGAGGUCAUAAAUGAUAUUAAAUAAUAUUAAAAUAUAUUUAAAAAAAAAAGUGUUCCCAAAUGACUAAAGAUGAUGUUUUUUUGUUUUUAUUACCUGUAUCUGAGCCAGAGUGUUCACCAGAGCUGGGAGGUAGAAGAAGAAACAAACAUACUGAGGUUCAGUGAACCAAGCAAGGAAAACACACUGUGUUUGUGCUGAAGAAUACAUCAGAUCAUGAAUGCAAUGCGCCUGUUUUCUGACUCAGCCCCAUGUCGCCGUGCUCCGCAGCGUUAAUCUAAGCGCGUCGCUCCCCAAUUAGACAAUCUGUGGACAAUUCAUAUUCUUAAGAGCCCCCAUUUGUCUUGUUUUUUUUCUGUUGAAUCAAAAUCAAGUGAAUCAGUUUUUUACUCUGGACUGUGAUGGAUCUGAGCUUGACUAAUGGACACUUGAAACUGUGAGUCUGUCGCAGUGGAAUACAGUGUAGUUGUAGGACUGCGCUUAUAAAAGUCUGGGACAUCACGAGGGCUAAUUGUGCUGUGUCAACAACCCCGAGUCAGCACAGGUCGUUUACAGGGGGAGAAAAAACCUCAAUGAAAAUGUACCUUUCUUUUAGGGGUAACAAGAACGUCUUAAAUGCUGGUGCUAAUAUGUUUGUGUUUACAUGUGUGUCAACAAGUCGGUAGAAUUGAAGAACCUGAAAUGAUGGUCUCAGUAGAGGAUGGCAUUUGAAUAACUAUCACUUCUCUCGUUCAGAUGUGUGUUGCUGCCCGUGUUUGUGAAAUGAUUCAUUGAUUCUGUGCAAAAAUGGUUCUCAGGUUCAUAACAAGAUUUAUAAGGGAAUUAUACUGAUAAACACUUACUUGUCCUCCACCA